CGCCCCUCGGGGGGAGGCAGGCAGGACUCUUGCCUAGAAGUAGGGGACUUGCUACAAGGGCCAAGGAGGAUCUGAGAGGAAACCCAGGAGCUCAGGCUGUCCUCCAGCUGCUCCUGCCUCUUCUAAUCUAUCUUCCCCACAGGACCCUGCCCCUCCACACUUCUCCUCUCCCUCCUGACCGUCCUGGGCCUGGAUCACAGUUUUGUAAGGCUUCUGAGCAGGUUCUAAAGAAGAGUAAAGAUCAGAGACACACAAAGUUCAGGUCCACAGAAGUAGACUCUGUAAAGUUGAAGAGGACCAGAACCAGAGGUACACCAGCCCUGUCAUUUGAGUUGAGACUAUAGAGAGUCACACAGAGCUGUGUAGAGAGUGUCCCAUGGAUUUAGUCAUGAAGUUGCCACAAAAUAUAUGGAAGACUUUUACACUUCUUAUAAACAUGGCAAAAUCUCUCAAGCUCCUCAUCAGCCCAUCGUCUAAAUCCAUCACUGCUGGUGAGUUAGUCUAUACCAGCCAGAACUCUUCCUCUCCAGAAGUCAUGGAGGAAAUUGGCAAGGCUGUGGCAGAGGGGAAUUUACAGAAAGUGAUAGGUAUAGUCAAAGAUGAAAUGCAGAGUAAGUCUAAAUACACAGUCAAGAUCGCUGUGACUGGGGACUCUGGCAAUGGCAUGUCAUCCUUCAUCAAUGCCCUUAGGCUCAUUGGACAUGAUGAAGAAGAUUCAGCUCCCACUGGGGUGGUGAGGACCACCCAGAAACCAGCCCGUUACUCCUCCUCCCACUUUCCCUAUGUGGAUCUGUGGGACCUGCCUGGCUUAGGGGCCACAGCCCAGAGUGUGAAGAGCUACCUGGAGGAGAUGCAGAUCAGCACAUUCGACCUCAUCAUCAUCAUCGCUUCUGAGCAGUUCAGCUCAAAUCAUGUGAAGCUGGCUGAAGCCAUGCAGAGGAUGAGAAAGAGGUUCUAUGUCGUCUGGACCAAGCUGGACAGGGACCUGAGGACAAGUACCUUCCCUGAACCCCAGCUACUGCAGAAUAUACAAAAGAAUAUCCAGGAGAAUCUCCAGCAGGCUCAGGUGAGGGAGCCCCCCGUAUUCCUGGUGUCCUGCUUUAGUCCGUCUCUUCACGACUUCCCAAAGCUUAGGGAGACCCUACAAAAAGACCUCACUGUCAUCAAGCACCUUGAUCUCUUAGAAACCCUUUCCCAUAUCUGUGAGAAAAAUAUUAACGAUCGAGUAGAAUCCAUUAAAAGGAGCAUAGAUGCAGAUAGCCUACAAAGAGAGUCUGAAAUCUCAGAUCCAGAUAACAUGAAAGAGAUUCAGAAAGUAUUCCAAGAAAUCUUUGGUGUGGAUGACGAGUCUCUCCGCCAGGUGGCUCUAAAAAUGGGAAGGCCAGAUACACAUUUCACUAGCAGGGAGUUCCAGGAGAAACUGAGUAACCAACAAAACGACUGGACAAAAUGGUUGUAUCAGUCUGCAACACAGUUUGUCUCUAAACCUUAUAACUUCAUGAAGUGCUGUUAUCACCGUCAUCACAGUAGACACAUGCAACAGAAAGGUAUACUUGAUGAAACUGCUGGCAAAGCCAAGGCCGUUCUGUUAGAAAUCCUGAAAGACUCCAUUCCUCAUCCUUAGGAAGGUCUAAACAACUGAGGGCUUCUCCCCACCCCAUACCCCAUACCCUGUGUACACCCCAAGUUGAGCUGACCCCACCAUGGAGUCCGAGGUCCUUGAGGGUAAUAGGCUGACUUUCUUAAUGGGUAUCCCUCUCCUGAGACACUGUAAUACAUUUUGCUAACUGAACUCUCUGGAAUCCCAAUAUAGGACAAGUUUCCCUUUUCUAAUUGCUCAGAAUUUCAUGUUUGACACAUGCUCACCUUAGCGCCUAUGUUUAAUAAAGUUUCUCUUAGGGGCCUCUUUGUUUGCUCAUAUCUCUUUUCUCUCUUUUUGUCCCCGACUCUGGAAUAUCCCUUAAGGAAUGAGGAAGAGCUUGUCUUUGGCUAUUGUCUGGAAAACAUGGCCAGCAGAACCCUGUUCUCCAACCCCUCCUUUAAUCUGGAAUGAGGAGAGGGGAGUUAACUCUGUUAUUACUAGUCAUCGAUUCACACAGUGCUGAACAGAAGGAUUCUCAGUACCCGACACUACCCUUGAUGGUGUCUGUGGUAUCAUGAGUAGUCAUGGCCCUUCACACUCUGGGUUCCCCAUCUUAUA